CCUACUGCAAUAGGAUUUGAGCUGCUUUGGCUGACAAUCUGGAAUAUUUUGACCUCUAUCGUAUAUUUAGAAUGUACAACUUCGUAAAUACUCGUAUUUUAAUGACGCAUAAGAAUCUUAAAGUUUUCGACAGUUGCCAAUAUUCGAAAUUUGUCAGAUUUGCAUAAGUAGCAUUAAAAAUUGCAUCGUAUUGAUUGCGACCCACGUGAGUUGCACUUUAGAUGAUAUGCCUGAGAUCACAUCAUAUUGACCUUUUGCGGCAGCAGCCUGCUGCCUGGCAUUCAUUCAUUUAGUAGUAAAAUUCUUAUCAGCAGAGAUGAACUCUCUUUCGCUCUGGUCUGCUGGGGUGUAGAGAGCGAUAAGCAAUUGAGUCUAGUUCUGCUAUAUGGUGUGAUCUGUUUCGCAUUAAACUUGGGUUCAGUUGAACUGUUUCGAGCUACGUUGCAAGAUGCCCAUCUCAUGCUAUACUUGGCUCGUCCUAAGCGCCUUCGCUUUUCAAGUGUCUCAGUCUAACGUUAUUUUUCACUUUACGCUUGACUUUAAUGUGAAACAUCCAGCGAAUUCGACAGAUUCGAUUAAUAAGACCAUAACCAUGGAGAACAAUGCAGUGCAUAUGCAGGAUAAUGAGCCCUAUUCAAAUACAACAGCCCCAAAUAGACAGUCAUGGGAAGAGGCGGGUCAAUACGAUCAGGCUGCAGUGCAGCUAUUGCGAUCCACGAAGCAGUCAGUGCAAAAACUCAACGUGGAACUCGCACCGCUUGUUGGACGUAGUGACGAGUUGGCAGCAAGCCUCAAGCAAACGAUACGAUAUGUCAAUGAAGUAGACACCACUUUAGAGAUGGACGGAAUCAACUUUGCUCAGCAUGUGGAACAGUUGCGAAAGUAUUUGACGCUCGUCGAUAACUUGCGAUCCUCGGCCAGACCUGGUGGAGUCCGGACUCUUGAAUUUGUAUUGCUCAAGCUCGCCAUGGAGAAGUACAAGGUAUUGGCAAAAUACCAAGAGGUGACCGCUUAUUUGCAGCAAGCGAACUCAGCUUGGGCGAGAUAUAAGAAUACACAGGUUGUGUUAUCGUAUAUAUAAGCCUGUGUCUCAAAAACUUUCUGAGAUUUCUGUUUAAUUGUAUUUAAUUUGUAUUAUGUAUAGGAGCAAGGAGGACCUCGGCUAUUAAGUCAAACAAUAAGCAAGUGUUCUUUCAAAAGACUUCCUGUUCAUUGUUACUGUUCACUGUGUUAUUUCGCAUUGCUACAGGUACCGAAGACGGGACGAGCUAUACGACUAGCAUCUGACCUAAAUCUACCAUGUUCAUGUGUGUGUUGUUGAAAAUACGUUAUAUACGCUGGGAAUUCGUUAUGAGAAGAUCCAGGUAGUCGCAAGCAAAAAAAGGAAACCAAGCAUGAAGUGCCUUGCUACGAGCAGCUGCCGUUUUUAAUGGCAGAGGGUCUUCCUCCCUUACAUACCAGCUCUUAGUCUCGGUCUUCAAAUUCCUGAAACUCGAAACCACCACAAAAACGAUCAAGAAGUAUGCUCUCUUGCAUAUACAUACAUAUGUACAUAUGUAUUCAAACAACCCGCAUCAAUACACUCGAUUCUACAGCAUAUUUUAUGUACUCAAUACUUAAGUCCCUAUAGCAUGUACUGAACAUGCACAUACAUACGGCGAUCAAUCAAUUACGCUCCCAAUAAGAAUAACGAGUAUUUAAGUAUACAUACAUACAUACAUAUGUAAAAUGUUCCUACACUGGUUUGCAAUUUCGGAAGUAUAAGCCGUAUCCCUAGCAUGUAUGUAUAUGCUUAUACAUCCCAUUAUAUGCUUUUACAAAACCAGUCAUACAUGACCUGAGAGAUAUUAAUAAGUCUACUACAAGAAGUCUAACUAAAUAUAUAAAAUAUAUUUAUUUCAUUUCAUUUGUGAAAUAAUUUUUCAGUUCGAUAAUUCAAAUGGCGAUUUAAGCGCUUUAAAUCGAUUAACAAAUAAAACGAGAGAACUUGAUAGGACAUUAAUUGAAAAUAUACCACAUGAAGUGUAACCAGGGGUAUGCUAUGGAGUUUCUGUAUGUUGGCCUAUCGGCGUUAAAAUGUAUAUUUUAGAAAUGUUACUUAUGGUCACUUCCCGGCCAAGAAAACAGCUGUUUUUUUACGAAACAAAUAUAAUCAUAAUUAUAUUGGUGUUUGCCAUAAAAAAUUGUUUUAAUAAAUUGUACUGUUAUUUUUGUAAGCCAUCUAAUGUUUUACAAAUUAACUAAUAAUUUAUUUGUUGUUUUGUCCACCAAAUUGCUCAAAUCAAUUGAAUACAGCCAAACAUUAACUGCGCUUUUAUGUAGGUAAAUUUUUGUAUAAUUCAGUCACAUCUUAGUUAAUUAUAAUAGCAUUUUGAGCUACG